AUGAGUAAAUUUUGGCAACCAUUAAAAGUACUUGAACUAUUUAUACUUGGUCAAUCACCAAAUGAAGCAGUAUUAUUUUCUAAACUAGUUGGUGAUUGGCGAACAGCUUUAUGUUUAGCUUCUGUAUUACCACCACAUAAUGGACUAUAUAAUACACCUAAAUCAACAAAACAAACAUCUCCAUCAUAUUCA